GGAAGUGCUCAGCAGACUUCUCCCCCCUCCCUAUCCUUACAUAUAAUCUCAUGAUGCUGUGGAUGUGACAAACUCCAUUUUCAUCAGAUGUUGGGCCAGAAAUGGUGAGAGCAGGUCAGAUUUGACCUCAACAGGAUAUUUUGAUGGCACGCAUCUUUGACACUUUCUGAAGCUGCACCUUUUCGUUCCAUGACACCUCCUCUUUUCUACUCUGGGUUUGCAUAAUUGCUGGCCUGAAUUUUUCAAAUGUAGGAUGGGAGACUGAAGUCAUGCCUAUGGGGCACAUGGAUCAUGGUAUGGAUUCACAGUAGACCUCUGCAAUACAAAUGAGCGUACAGUACUGAGUAUAAUGGAUGAAAUAGCAACUGAAGGGUCUAAAAUACAAGACAAGAAAGUCACUUCAGGUCAAAGCAACACUGGAACUAAACCAGAUCAUCCAACAAUACUAAAGGUUGAUGACAGGCAACGGCUUGCUAGAGAACGGAGACAAGAACGAGAAAAACAGCUAGCUGCAAGAGAAUCCGUCUGGUUAGAAAGAGAAGAGAGAGCCCGGCAACAUUAUGAAAAACACCUAGAGGAACGCAGAAAGAAGCUAGAGGAGCAGAGAUUAAAAGAAGAGAGAAGGCGAGCCGCCGUAGAAGAAAAGCGAAGGCAGAGAAUAGAAGAAGAUAAGGAACGACAUGAAGCUGUUGUACGUCGCACAAUUGAAAGAAGCCAGAAGCCAAAACAAAAGCAAAACAGGUGGUCCUGGGGAGGAGCACUACAUAACCGCAUUAAUAACACAGAUCCAGACAGGCGGUCUGUUUCAACAAUGAACCUUUCGAAACAUGUUGAUCCAGUCAUUAACAAGCGGCUCUCCUCCUCAUCUGCAACAUUACUAAAUUCUCCAGACAGAGCUCGCCGUCUACAGCUCAGUCCAUGGGAGAGCAGCAUCGUUAGCAGGCUCCUGACGCCCACUCACUCAUUCCUGGCCCGAAGUAAAAGCACAGCUGCAUUGUCUGGAGAUGCAGUUAUCCCCAUUUGUCCCCGUUCAGCAUCUUGCAGCCCCAUCAGUCCUCUGUCCUACAAGGCCAUGAACUGUAGGAAUACAGGAGACCGAGCAAAACUUUAUGCCUCUACUGAUGCUGUUGGACGUAGGAGAACACCACAUCAUGCUGGGACUGACAAAAAAGAAAAGGAGAGAGACCAUUUGUCAUCCAGCUUCUCAGCCAGCUUUAAAGGAGGUCAUUUUUCUUCCAACCCCAAAGCUAGAUCACCAGCUCCCUCUCCAGUUUGGCACGCGUCAAAGUCUUUGCCUUUUUUGCCUGGCACGCCCAAGCAGAUAAAUUCCCCACCUGGUUCCUCCAAAGUUUCCUCUGCUCAGGCACGUCCUCCUUCUCCUGGCAACAUCCGGCCAGUCAAAAAAGAGGUCAAACCAGAGAGUGAGAGGAAAAAACCAGAAAAGGAAGCUGAAAAGGCCAAUGAAGAGAAGACAGAAGAGAGUAAAGGAACUUCAGCAGGUGAUGGAGAAUCUGCAAGUCGGGAAGAACUCACUGUCCAGGCAGAGCUUGCUCAAGCAGCCAGCCCAUCCCUACCUCCUGCUCUGCCAGCUCUUUCUCCACCCCCAGCCCCCACCAAGACCUCUGCAGGUACAACUGACCCCGAAGAAGCAGCAAGGCUGCUGACUGAGAAGAGGCGUCUUGCCCGUGAGCAGCGGGAACGGGAGGAGCAAGAAAGGAGAGAGAGAGAAGAACUUGAAAGACAAAAGAAGGAGGAGCUGUCACAGAGGAUAGCUGAAGAAAGAGCUCGCCGAGAAGAGGAAGAAGCUCGCAGACAGGAAGCAGAGAAAAAACGAAAGGAUGCAGAGGAGGAGCGGGAAAAGGAAGAACGGCUGCGCCGACAGGCAGAAGAGAGAGAACAGAAGGAGAAAGAAGAGAUGGAGCGCAUUCAGAAACAAAAAGAAGAGGAAGCUCGCCUACGGGAAGAGGCAGAGCGAAUUCGAUUAGAACGUGAAAAGCAUUUCCAAAGAGAAGAGCAAGAGCGCUUGGAAAGGAAGAAGAGGCUUGAGGAGAUCAUGAAGAGAACUAGGCGUGUAGAAGCUGUAGAUAAGAAACCCAAUGACCAGCAAAAUGGACAUAUAUCAAAGGCAAACAUUACUGGAGAAGCAGUUGUAACCAGUCCUGCAUCACCCUUGGAACCUGCAGGAGGACCUCAGCUUCAGCAUGCAACGCAAUCUCCACACAACGGGAAACCCGUCACCUGCACACGUGUGAUUGUUUCACAUCAACCCCCCGUAAACAUGGACACCAAUCUUAAUCCUGAGAAAAACGCAAAUGAAAAUGGAACAUCUAUGCAGAAUGAUAACUUUGAAGAGAUCAUAAACCUGCCUAUUGGUUCUAAACCUUCCCGGCUGGAUGCCAUGACCAAUGAUGGAAGCAAUAGUCCUGAAAUUCCUUUGAAUCCAAUUCUAGCCUUUGAAGAUAAGGGGACUCUCUUGCCUCAGGUAGAUAGCGUUCAAACACAUCAAACAGCAGGUAGGUUUGCCUUGGUUCAUUAACACUUGCAAUGUGUUGUAAGUGACAGAGGACCUAGAGCUCUUAAUUGAUUAAGAAGUUGAUUAAUUCAAGCAUUUUUAAGCCCCUUAUUAUUUGGGGAAAGGAGCUCUCUUUGUAAAGCAAUGCAUGCCAAGUACGUACAGAUGCUGUGUAAAUGGUGAGGCCUCAUCUUUUGGGUGAGGGGUUCUCAGUCACAUGGCACACUCUGCCAUCUGCGGUUGCUUGAAAAUGUUUGCCCUGUGCUUUCAAACAGAAAGGGUAACAGUGACAACUGCCGUUCCUCGCUUAUGAUUGGCAACCGUGUUCCAGUUCUGCAAGUGUGAUACCUGAUACACACAUGUAGAAGGGGAGCCAGUACCCACCUUCUGUGUAGAAUUCUGGAUGUACUUCCCUCAUCGAGUUCUUGCUGCCAUCAGUAUUGAGGGAUGGUUUGCAGCACACUGGAUUUUUCUGAAUUACAUCACAACUUUUAAAGGAUGUUAGGUAAACACAUACUAACUUAGCAAACUCAAUUGGACUACUGUUUUCUUUUUCUGUGGCUAGAAAAUGUAAGAAAAAUCAUCUUAGAAUAAAAUAAUUGCAUAAAUGAAUAGCACUUUGAAGUAAGCAUUGUCACAAUUUGCUGACCUGUCAUUUUUGAUACCUUCUGUUGUAGAAGUGAUCUGAUCGUUUCUUCUGAAGAACCAAAGGUGAUUAUGAGCAUCUCUGCAGUCAGUGGAGUUUCUUCCAUGCAAUGAAGGAGUGUUUUAUUUUUUUCCUCUCCGUUUUUUAAAAGAUUUAUUGAAUAUCUUUUUUGGAAGGACUUUAGUAAAACCAGCAGAAGAAAUGAUGGGAAUAGACUUGGAUCACCUUUCUAAUAGCUUUCAUCACUAGAAAAAUCAUGCUUCACGUGCAUUACUUAAUACGGCUUUUUCCAACAAGCUUCUUCUGUUAGUAAAUGGAUAUUUCUGCAUUCCUUAAGACACAAGACACUGGAAUCUGAAAGCAAUGGGCUGAUUUGGGUGGUGGGACUGAUUCUUUUUUUUAAAAAGGUGGGUGUUGGUUUAAAAGGCAUAAUUGUAAAAUUGGCAAAGAAUCUUUUACACUUUGUGGUUCUAAUACUUGAAAAAUAAAUACCUCAUUGCUCUACAAGUAGAGUUAAUGGGGUGUUUUAUUUAAACCUGUUGGUUUAAAUAUUAUUGCAGAGAACUCUAAUUAUGGGGGCAAAGUAUCAGCUUCUGUAUCAGGUUCUUGUAAAUGUAAUUCCUACAGGGACAUUCUGUAAAUUGAGACGUCACUAUGAUCUUCUCACAUUUUCUCUAAAACACAAAACAAGGCAGGUUUUAAAAUGUGAAAAUUUGAAAGCGUUAUUUUUUCAUGGACAAGAGGAAAACCUAUUGUUCUCCUAGAUGAUGUAUUUAUGAAUUUUGUUCAGUACAGAAAUAAAUCAUUUAAUUGAAUAAAUUAGAAUAAUGUGGUAAAAUG